AUGAAGGGUUUACUUUUAUUAUCAGGCCAGGCCACCCUGAACAAUGACUCCAAAUGGCAUCCUGUGAAGUACCACCAUUACAGGCUGCUAGAGGAAGAAGUGGUAGAAGAGCUGUACUACUUUAUCCGCGUAUCAGGAUCCACGAUAACUGAAGAAACCUUCGAUGCGGCCAUAAAUUUUGGCAAAGUGAGGGGCGAUUCCCUCCAGAGGCUGUUACAUGACAUGACCUGUCUGCAGGCCCCCCAAGUAUCGCUCAUAACCUACAAAGAGCAGAACAUAAAGGACGAUUAUACCAAGAACAUGCAUUUCUUCAUUGCCUGCACAACAGGUUGUGUGUAUUAUUUCACAAAAUUCUAUUCUUGGACAGAUGACUUGUAUGAAAGGUCAGGCAACACAGUUCUGUACAUCCCAACGGAAGCCCUUCGCUUCAGUCCUCAGGAGGCCAGCAAAGACAAGAAACUGAUCCAGAGAAUGGAGAACAAUGUUCUUCAUCCCAAUCCCAUUCUUCUGCUCUUAUUCCAUUCCAUUGUUCCACUAUCUUUCUUAGUCAUCAUGAUCCACUGGACUGAUCAGAUCAAGGAGGUUCUGAAUGCCCAAGAAAUAGUUGAGAUGAAAGACAACUCCGGUCCAUUGCAGGAGAUAGCUUUCUGGAAGAGUCGCUCAACCAAACUGUCUAACAUCAGUCAACAGCUGCAAAAGCCACAAGUGAAGCACAUCCAGAACAUCUUGGUGCACGCAAAAUCUUUGUAUGUACAUCGAUUUUGCCAGCUGGCCAAGGACAUACGGGUAUUUAAAUUUGCAUUCACUUUUCUCUUUGCAAAGGAUUGCUCUCUACAGGCGCAAUCAAAUCUGACCUUCCUGUCCAUAUUGCGGGAGCCCUGUGAAGAGCUUUCCCAGCUUGAGCCCAUACAGAUUGCCUCAAAGCUGCGACACAUUGUUUCUCUCAUUCGCGUCAUUUGGGUCAACUCCCCCUAUUAUAACACCACUGAAAGAAUCACUGGACUCUUCUGUCAGAUGAAUAACGAGAUCAUCCGAUUAUGCAGCCAGAAGAUCUCACUGGACAAGAUUUUUGAGGGCUAUGUGUUAUCAAGCAAGAGACUCCUCCAUGACUGCAUGGAGUGCUGCCUGUCGUGGAAGGAAACUUAUGAACAUGUCUCACAGUUUCAUCACAAGUUUUCCCAGAUCGGUUGGGUCCUGGACCAAACAAGGUUUUUUGUGGUGAUGGACGCUUUUGUUAAGAGGCUGAAAGACCUACUUGAGGUUUGUGACUGCCAGCAGCAAUUUGCCCGCUGGGAGGAUGGUCAGCAGAGAGAUCUGCCUUGCUUUAGAGGCUCUAAAGGACAAGAGUUCACCCACACACUACUGGAGAUUGAGGGCAACUUCCACCGUGGCCUCCAGAACCUGCGUUCUGUUGACAAUGGCAUACUUGAUGUCAAAGAUAGCACAUGGAACAAUGAAUUCCAUAGGUUUGGUGGAUUUGUGAAGGACUUGGAGAUGAUGAUACAGAACCUGAUUGGUUCAGUUUUUAAGACGGUGAACACAGUGCAGGAAGGAGUUUGGCUUCUGGAUGUUUUCCGGCCUAUGUCUACCCGCGAGGCCAUUAGGCGCUCCAUUGACGAAAAGGCAGAGGAAGUGUAUAACAUAUAUGACAGAGAGCUCAAAAUGGUAAACAAGUGGCUGAACCAAGAAACAAUGUCUCAUCCUGAUUAUAUGCCCAAUAGAGUGAGCAAGGUUCUGUGGGCCAAAGCGCUUAAAAACCAUUUAGGCAGAGUCAUGGAGGUCAUUGAGACUGUCUGCUUUAUGCCAAAUUCACACAUACUCAAACAUAUUGUUUCCAACACUGCUCAGACAGUCCAGUUUUUGGACGAGAUUAUUCGGAAGAACUUCAGUGAGUGGUGUCAAAAGUUGGAUGGGCAGGUGCUCAAGAAACUGGAUCAGCCUCUCUUGGUGCGCAGCAAGGACACUCCAGCUAAGCUGGGUGUCAAUUUUGACAAAAACUUGUUGAAGCUAUUUUCUGAGAUUCAUUAUUGGGACCGAAUGAAGUAUGAGAUACCCCAGAGUGUAUCUAACAUGUACCAGGGUAGGGAGAACAUCCGGAUCCUGAGGGAGAGUGUUCUGCUGCUGAGUAGGAACUACAACAGGAUUGUUGGAAUGCUGUCUCCUGAUGAGUUUGGUCUGUUUCGAGAGCGUAUUUGGUUCAUUGACAAGAAGAUAAAACCAGGUCUCAGCAAGGUCCUCUGGUUGACUAAAGGAACCUCCAAUUUCUUCAUCAAUGACUGUCUCCUGAAUGUGGACAAGGUCCAGACAUUAGUUGAUAAUUACAAAGUGUCUAAUCUAUCCAUCUCCAAUCUCUGCCAGAAGAUUAGCAAUACUUUGUUGGUAAAAUUAGAUGGCAAAACCGUGUACAGGAACCUGGAGUUUGAGAAUGACCAGAUGGCUCAUCAGCAGAGCUGUCUCCACAUACUGCGCUCAGCACACCAGGAUAUCGUAGAUAUCAUGACCCAAAUCCACAGCAUCUUUGCUAAUGAUGGAGCUGAGGUCCAGGAACAUUGGGGAAACUACGUACAAAAGGUGGACCAAAUGGUGGAGGAAGCUCUCAGAAGUAACGUAAGGGACUCUAUGAAAAAGCUAUCCAGAGCCAUCAAUGGUGAUAGCAAGACAUCACCCAACCCUUUGUUUAAAGUCCUUGUAGCACUGUGCCAGACGCCUCCUCAAACUGCACCAAAGGUGGAGCUCACUCCUAGUCUGAGCAAACUUACUCAGACAGUGAACAUUUUGCCUCAGCUCAUCCGUGUGGUCUCAGAGAUUAAACGACUCCCUGAACUUAUGUCAUGUAAAACUUCAGAGAGGAAUCCCAUACAUGUCAACAUAGAGCAAGACGAGGGGAUAAAAAAGACUCAGGCUGCCGUGAAAGCAGGGAUGAUGGCCAAUGCCAGCCAACUGAAGACCUAUUUGAAGAGCUGGGAUAAAUACUGUGCAAUUUGGGUUAUGAACAAAGACUCCUUCAUACAACACUACAAGACGCAGAACAAACCAGUGUCUUCUUUUGAUGCAGAUAUACAAAGAUACUCAGAAAAAGCCAACAGUGUUCAACAGGAGGAAACAGUGUUUAACAUCCAGUUUGUGCUGCUGGAUAGUUCACCACUCAAGUCCUCUUUGGUUCAACACUGCAUUGAGUGGCAAACCAAGUUCACACAGCUUCUCACUCAGAUUGCCGGUGCCCACCUAGAAGAACUUAUUGCAUCCAUGCAAGAAAAUGUCAACAAGCUGAGGCAGCCUCCCCAGACACUGACGGAGCUUGGUGAGAGCCUGAAGCUUCUGGAGACUCUUCAGGGUAGUUUAACCAAGACGGAAGCUCGGAUUACUCUCAUUCAUGAACAGUUUGCAAUACUGGACAAAUAUGACGUCCAAAUGGAAAAUAAUGUUCAACAAAUGCGUGAGGGGCUGAAUGAGGAGUGGAUGUCGUUCCAGCAGGUGUUGAUUGACAGUGGCAUCAUGCUUCAGAAAGACAAGGAAAAGUUUAAGAACAAUCUUAUCCUCUCCUGCGAGGAGUUCAAAAAGAAGAUUGAGAACACUGUGGAAGAGUUCAGCGCCAAAGGUCCAUUUAGCAGCACACUGGAGACUGAUUUGGCUCUAAAACAAAUUACAGAACAUCACAGACAACUUGAAACUCUGAAACAGGAGGAGAACACCAUCCUUGAGGGGCUGAUCUUCUUCAGAAUUGAAAACCCCCCUUCCAAAACGAUCCAGAUGAUGGAAAAGGAUAUAAAUCAACUUCAGCAGGUUUGGGAAAUCACACAGAAUUGGAAUUCUAAUUGGAACAAUUGGAGAAGCGGUCAGCUUGCUACACUGGAGACGGAUAUCAUGGAGACCACAGCACAGGACAUGUUCAAAAAACUCCACAUCCUCCAAAGAGACCUCAAGGCCAGUUUGGAUAAGAAGUGGGACAUAGUCGAUUUCUCCAAGAAGAAGGUUGAACAGUUAAAGCUUAUGAUUCCUCUUAUUGCUGAUCUGAGGAACCCAGCCUUAAGAGACAGACACUGGAAACACAUCUGUGAGGAGCUACAGUGCUCGUUUGAUCCAACCAGUGCAGAAUUUACCCUGGAAAAGAUCAUAACCUUGGGCCUGGACAAAUAUGCGGACAAAAUAAGUGAGAUUUCUGGAGCUGCCAGGAAGGAACUCUCAAUUGAACAGGGUUUGAAUGACAUUACAAAGGCCUGGGAUGAAAUAUUCCUGGACAUAAUACCGUACAAAGAUAAUGGCCACUUCCGACUGAGAGGCACAGAGGAAAUUUUCCAGGCAUUGGAUGACAACCAGGUUUUCUUAUCCACAAUGAAGGCGUCGCGGUUUGUUAAAGCUUUUGAACAGGACGUUGAUCGAUGGGAACAACAACUCUCCCAUGUGCUGGAAGUUACAGAAAUGAUCCUUUCUGUGCAGCGCAACUGGAUUUAUUUGGAGAACAUUUUUCAAGGAAAGGAUAUCAGAGAGCAGUUGCCUGAUGAGUGUAACGAGUUUGAAAGCAUUAGUGCAAAAUGGAAAAUCAUAAUGGAUCGUAUGCACAAGAAUAAAAAUGCCUUGCAGGCAACUCACCAUCCAGGGUUGCUUGAGACAAUGUCACAGAUGAGUGAGAAACUAGAGGAAAUCCUGAAGGCCCUGGACAUGUAUCUUGAGACAAAGAGGCAGAUCUUCCCGAGAUUCUAUUUCCUUUCCAAUGACGAUGUUCUGGAGAUUCUGGGACAGUCACAGAACCCAAAAGCCAUGCAGCCACACUUGAAAAAGUGUUUUGACAACAUCAAGAGCCUGAAUAUAGACAAGGGUCCUAAAUCUAAAGCUGACGGGAUGUUCUCUGCUGAUGGAGAGUUUAUUACUUUCAAAGAUCCAGUGCAAUUGGACAAACCUGUGGAGAUCUGGUUGUGUGAUAUCGAGAGGGCAAUGCGUAGCACGCUGAAGGUGUGUCUAAACGACUGCUUCGCUGCUCUGAAGAAGAUAACAGGCCCAAGAGACAAAUGGGUCAGACAAUGGCCAGGACAGAUGAUAAUCACAGCAAGUCAGAUCAAGUGGACUACUGAUAUCACAAAGUGUCUUAUCCUCGGGAAGGAGAGAGGUGACAAAUCAUCCCUGAAAUCUAUGAAGAGGAAACAGAUCUCAAUGCUUAAGUGCUACUCAGAGAUCAUUCGUGACAAUCUGCCCAAAGUCCUACGUCUGAAAAUUGUGGCACUUGUCACAGUAGAAGUUCACGCUCGGGAUGUCAUUGAUAAGCUGGCCAAGGCUGGAUGUAAUGACGUCAAUGCCUUUGAAUGGCUUUGCCAGCUGCGACUGUACUGGGAGAAAGACAAGGAAGAUUAUGACUGCAUUAUCCGACAGACCAACACAUAUUUCAAGUAUGGCUAUGAGUACCUGGGUAACUCAGGACGCCUUGUCAUCACUCCGCUCACAGACAGGUGUUACAUGACACUGACCACAGCUCUGCAUCUCCACCGGGGCGGCUCUCCUAAAGGCCCUGCUGGGACCGGGAAAACAGAGACUGUUAAGGACUUGGGCAAAUCUCUGGCAAUGUACGUCAUUGUUGUCAACUGUUCUGAAGGACUGGACUACAAAUCUAUGGGACGCAUGUACUCAGGCCUGGCACAGACAGGAGCGUGGGGGUGCUUCGAUGAGUUCAACCGUAUCAACAUUGAAGUGCUUUCAGUGGUUGCCCAGCAGAUCCUUUCUAUUCUUUCGGCCCUCUCAGCUACACAGUCACGGUUCAAUUUUGAAGGACUCAACAUCCGUCUAAUUCCAACCUGUGGCAUCUUUAUCACCAUGAAUCCUGGGUACGCUGGUCGAACUGAACUUCCUGACAACCUCAAGUCCAUGUUCCGGCCCAUCUCCAUGGUCGUGCCAGAUUCUACACUGAUUGCUGAAAUCCUACUGUUUGGAGAGGGUUUCAACAAUUGCAAGCUUCUGGCUAAAAAGGUUUUCACACUGUACUGUCUGGCAGUGCAACAGUUAUCUAAACAGGAUCACUAUGAUUUCGGCCUCCGGGCUCUCACCUCUUUGCUUCGCUAUGCUGGAAGGAAACGUCGCUCUUCUCCCAACUUUCCUGAUGAAGAGAUCCUCCUAAUGGCUAUGAAGGACAUGAACAUAGCAAAGUUGACUUCUUCUGAUCUUCCCCUGUUCAAUGGGAUCACCCAGGAUUUGUUCCCUGCAGUGGAAACACCUAUUAUAGACUAUGGCAAGUUAAAAGAGGCCAUAGAGGUUGAGCUUCGGAAGAGCAGUUUUCAGGUGACUCCCUUUACAUUGACCAAAGUCAUCCAGCUUUAUGAGACCAAGAACUCUCGACACUCGUCCAUGCUGGUGGGAAAAACAGGGAGUGCCAAGAGCGUUACCUGGAGGACUCUGCAGAAUGCUCUCACUGCCAUGCACCACAAGAAAGAGCCUGGCUUUCAGCUGGUUCAGGUGCAUCCUAUAAACCCGAAGUCAAUGAGUCUGGGGGAGUUGUAUGGAGAAAAUGACCUUUCCACUAAUGAGUGGAAGGAUGGAGCCUUAUCCUCCAUCAUGAGAUCAGCUUGUGCAGAUGACAAACCAGAUGAGAAGUGGAUUGUGUUCGAUGGGCCUGUUGACACACUGUGGAUUGAGAGUAUGAACUCUGUUAUGGAUGACAACAAAGUGCUCACGCUCAUAAAUGGAGAGAGAAUCUCUAUGCCUGAGCAGGUGUCUCUUCUGUUUGAAGUGGAGAACCUGGCACAGGCCUCUCCGGCCACAGUGUCUCGCUGUGGAAUGGUCUACAACGAUUACACUGAUCUUGGGUGGAAACCUUUUGUUCAGUCCUGGCUGGACAAGCGACACAAAGCUGAAGUAGAGCAUUUAAAGAUUUUGUUUGAGAAAUAUGUAGGGAGCACCAUCAAAUUUAAAAAGGCCAACUGUAAGGAGUUGAUUCCAAUCACUGAGCUCAACGGCGUCACCUCUUUGUGCCGUCUCUAUGACUCCCUGACUUCAUCCAAAAGUGGGGUGAAUACAUCAGACACAGAAAACCUGGGCAGAAUUGUGGAGCUCUGGUUCAUCUUUAGUCUUAUCUGGUCCAUCUGUGCUUCUGUUGACGAGGAAGGACGCAAAAAAAUGGAUUCAUUUAUGCGAGAGAUCGAGGGCACCUUCCCUGUUAAGGACACAAUUUAUGAGUACUAUGUGGACCCAAAGAAUAAAACCUGGGCAUCUUUUGAAGAUAAGCUGCCUAAAGACUGGUGCUACAAUGCUACCUCUCCUUUCUAUAAGAUCAUGGUCCCUACAGUGGACACAGUUCGCUAUAACUUAGUGGUUAAGGCUCUGAUGUUGAAUCAGAACCCAGUGCUGCUCACUGGGCCAGUGGGAACUGGUAAAACCUCUGUGGCACAGAAUGUCCUGCAGGGCUUGGAUAAGAAGUGGACAGCCCUCACUAUCAACCUGUCCUCACAGACGACUUCUGACAACAUCCAGUCCAUCGUAGAGAGUCGAACAGAAAAGAGAACCAAAGGCGUGUAUGUGCCAGCAGGUGGGAAGAAGCUGCUGUGUUUUCUAGAUGACUUCAACAUGCCAGCCCAUGACCUGUUUGGCUCCCAACCUCCCCUGGAGCUGCUGCGCUUCUGGAUUGACUAUGGCUUCUGGUAUGACCGCCAGAAACACGUGCUGAAGUUUGUCAAGUUCUACGUGGUGCUGUCAGAUCACAAAGUUCUAUUGUCUGUGGUGUAUCAGGACAUGUUUCUGUUGGCAUCCAUGGGACCUCCUGGUGGAGGGAGGACUCAGAUAUCUGCCCGCUUACAGAGUCGAUUCAACCUCAUCAAUAUGACCUUUCCAAAUGAGUCUCAGAUCAAGAGCAUCUACAGUACAAUGAUCAACCAAAAACUGCAGGGAUUUAAAGAGGAAGUGAAGCCUAUUGCAAAGACUUUGACUCAGGGCACUUUAGAGCUGUAUUAUGCUGUCACUGCUUCUUUCCUUCCCACUCCAGCCAAAAUACACUACCUCUUCAACCUCAGAGACAUCUCCAAGGUUUUUCAAGGUCUUCUUAGAGCUCAUCCAGACUUCCAUGAAUCUGAAACCGACAUCACAAGACUAUGGAUCCAUGAGUGCUUUAGGGUUUUUUCAGAUCGGCUUAUAAAUCCCAGUGACAUGAGUGCCUUUGUCGCUUUGAUGGAGGAAAAACUGGCCUCACUGUUUAACCUCACCUUCUAUAAUAUCUGUCCAAACAAGCAGCCCCCAAUAUUUGGUGAUUUCCUGAAUGAUUCCUCUGUCUAUGAGGACCUCCAGGAUAUGAAAGUCUUGAAGAAGUUCAUGGAAACUCAGCUAGAGGAUUACAACCUGACGCCUGGAGUUGUUCCAAUGAGCCUUGUGCUUUUCCGUGACGCCAUCGAACACAUAACCCGUGUUGUACGUGUGAUCAGUCAGCUCAGAGGUAACAUGCUUCUGAUUGGUAUCGGGGGCUCUGGUAGACAGAGCCUGUCUAAAAUUGCAGCCUUCAUUUGUGAGUACCACGUAUUCCAGGUGGAAGUUACCAAGCAGUACCGCAAGCAGGAGUUCAGAGAAGACAUCAAGAAGCUUUACCGCUUGGCUGGUGUGGACAACAAGCCAACAGUUUUCCUAUUCAAUGACACCCAGAUUUUAGAUGAAUCCUUCUUAGAGGACGUCAAUAACAUCCUGAGCUCUGGAGAAGUCCCUAACCUUUAUAAGCAGGAUGAGUUUGUUGAGGUGUGCAAUGCCCUGUCGGAGUCUGCCAGGAAAGACAACGUGAUGGAGACUCCAGAGUCCCUAUUCAACUACCUGAUCGAGCGAGUCCGAAACAACUUGCACAUAGUACUUUGUAUGAGCCCUGUGGGAGAACCCUUCAGGCAUGUUUUAUGGAUGACACUAUGCACUAUGAUACACACACAGCUCAGGAACAUCAUGAGUGAACAAAGGAAUCGCAUCCUUCAGUACCCAGCAAUCGUCAACUGUACCACCAUUGACUGGUUCUGUGAGUGGCCUAAAGAUGCCCUACUGGAGGUAGCUGAGAGGUACCUCGAUGGAUUGGAUUUGGGCGCGUUGGACGGGGUCCAGACAAAGGUUGCUAGUAUAUUUGUGACCACACACCAGUCAGUGGCACAGGUAUCCCAGAGGAUGAAGUUGGAGCUGAAGAGAUGUAACUAUGUUACACCCACCAACUACCUGGAGCUGGUAUCUGGAUACAAGAAGCUGUUGGUUGAGAAACGGAGUGAGUUUUGGGAGCAAGUGAGCAAACUACGUAAUGGCCUUUUUAAAAUCGGUGACACACGGGAGAAAGUGGAGGCCAUGUCUGUGGAACUGGAGGAGGCCAAGAAACAAGUUGCUGAGUUCCAGAUACAAUGUGACCAAUACUUAUCUAUAAUUUUGCAACAAAAGCGAGAGGCUGGGGAGCAGCAGAAGAUGGUGACUGCUCAUGGUGAGAAAAUUGGUGCAGAGGAGCUAGAGUGUAAAGCUAUGGCUGAAAAUGCACAGAGGGAGCUUGACAAAGCCCUGCCUGCCCUGGAGGAGGCCUUGAAGGCUCUGGAGUCACUGAAUAAGAAGGAUAUGACAGAGAUCAAGUCGUAUGGCCGUCCCCCAACUCUGGUGGAGACGGUGAUGCAGGCUGUCAUGACCCUUCUGGGUAAAGAGCCUACGUGGGCGGAGGCCAAGAGACAGCUGGGUGAGUCCAGCUUCAUCAAGUCAUUGGUAUAUUUUGACAAGGAUAAUAUAUCAGAUCGUGUUCUGAAGAAGAUCGGCCAAUACUGCAAACAACCUGACUUCCAGCCAGAAAUUAUUGGCAAGGUGUCACUAGCUGCCAAGUCCCUCUGUAUGUGGGUCAGAGCCAUGGAGGUGUACGGCCGAAUCUUCCGAGAGGUAGAGCCAAAGCGGGCCCUGCUUAAUACUGCUAUGUCCCAGCUCGCAGAGAAACAGGCUGCGCUUGCUGAGGCCCAGUCAAAACUGCGUGAGGUGGCGGAUAAGCUUGAUCAGUUGAAAAAACAGCAUAGUGAAAAGCUGGCCAUGAAGGAGACUUUAAGACAGAAAUCGGAUGACAUGGAGGUCAAACUGGACCGAGCUGGCAAGCUAGUGACCGGACUUGCUGGAGAGAGGGUUCGCUGGGAGGAGCGAGUCGCUGGUCUUGAAGAAAACAUGGGAUACCUUGUGGGAGACUGUUUGCUAGCAGCUUCUUUCCUGUCCUACAUGGGACCCUUCCUGUCGAAUUAUAGAGAGGAGCUGUUGGCAAUCUGGAUGAAAGAGGUUUUGGAUUCACAAAUUCCGUGUUCACCAGGGUUCAGUUUUGCUGUUUUUCUCUCCAAACCGACAGUAGUGAGAGACUGGAAUAUUCAGGGUCUGCCCUCUGAUGCCUUCUCUACUGAGAAUGGAGUCAUCAUCACCCGCGGAAACCGAUGGCCACUAAUAGUUGAUCCCCAAGGCCAAGCUCUGAAGUGGAUUAGAAAUAUGGAAUCAGAGAAGGGUCUGAGGGUAAUAGACCUUCAAAUGCCAGAUUACCUGCGGGUGCUGGAAAAUGCCAUCCCGUUCGGGAACCCUGUUUUGCUGCAAAAUGUCCAGGAGGAGUUAGACCCUUCUCUAAACCCAAUUCUCAAUAAGUCCCUGACACGGAUAGGUGGCCAGUUGCUGUUAAAACUGGGUGAAAAGGAGGUUGAAUACAAUCCAGAAUUCAGGUUCUACAUCACCACCAAACUGUCAAACCCCCACUACACACCAGAAAUUUCCUCGAAAACCACCAUAAUCAACUUUGCUGUCAAGGAGCAGGGUCUGGAGGCUCAGCUGCUGGGAAUUGUGGUGCGUAAGGAGCGUCCAGAGCUAGAACAACAGAAGGACUCAUUGGUGACGAGCAUUGCUGCUGGCAAGAAAAGCCUGCAGGACCUGGAGGAUGAGAUCCUCAGGUUGUCCCGCGAAUCAUUUGAGACACUGCUGCUGAAUGAGGCGACUGGCUCACUGCUUGAUGAUGUGCAGCUGGUAAACACCCUGCAGGCAUCUAAAGUGACAUCCACCGAAGUUUCAGACCAGCUGGAGAGCAGUGAACAGACUGAGCUGAAGAUCGAUUCUGCAAGAGAGGCUUAUCAUCCAUGUGCCCAGCGAGCCUCUAUUCUCUUCUUCAUUCUAAAUGAUAUGGGCCGCAUCGACCCAAUGUACCAGUUCUCACUGGAUGCAUACAUCAACCUGUUCAUUCUCAGCAUAGAAAAGAGCAAACGCAGCUACAAGCUGGAGGAGCGGAUCGCCAACCUCAACAACUACCACACUUACGCCGUGUACAGGUACACAUGUCGAGGUCUGUUUGAGGUUCACAAGCUGCUCUUCAGCUUCCAGAUGUGUGCCAAGAUCCUGGAAGUGGCUGGCAAACUCAAUAUGGAAGAGUACAGCUUCUUCCUUCGAGGUGGACUUGUACUUGAUAAGGAGGAUCAGAUGGAUAAUCCAUGCACCAGCUGGUUGGCGGACUCCAGCUGGGAUAACAUCACAGAGCUGGAUAAACUGCCCAACUUCCAUGGUAUUGUGGCCUCUUUUGAACAGUACCCUCGAGACUGGAAUCUUUGGUUCACAAGCUCCGAGCCAGAGAACGCCACACUUCCAGGUGAUUUGGAGAAUAACUGUAGUGAUCUCCAGAAGAUGCUAAUAGUGCGUUCUAUUCGUCAGGACCGCGUCUCUUUUUGCAUUACCUCAUUCAUCAUUAACCACCUCGGCUCUCGUUUCGUAGAGCCACCAGUUCUCGACAUGAAGUCAGUCGUGGAAGAAUCAACGAGCGCCACUCCUCUAAUCUUUGUUCUGUCACCCGGAGUGGAUCCCACUGGUGCCCUGUUACAGCUGGCUGAGGCCUCUGGAAUGAGCAAACACUUCCAUGCUCUCUCUCUGGGCCAAGGACAGGCACCCAUUGCCAGGAGUAUGAUAGAGGAGGGCGUCAAGAGCGGUCAUUGGUUGUUCCUUGCCAACUGCCAUCUCUCCCUCUCAUGGAUGCCUGAAUUGGACAAGCUCAUUAAAGAGUUUGCAUUACAAAGUCCUCAUCCAAACUUUAGACUCUGGCUAAGUUCCUCACCGCAUCCCGAGUUUCCCAUCACAAUCCUGCAGGCUGGAAUCAAGAUGACCACUGAACCGCCAAAGGGUUUGAAAGCCAACAUGAAGCGUCUCUACCAGCUGGUGACAGAAGCUCAGUUCAGCCGCUGUUCGAGACCUUCACUCUACAGGAAGCUCCUCUUCUCCCUUUGCUUUUUUCACAGCAUCCUGCUGGAAAGGAAAAAGUUCCGGCAGAUGGGUUGGAACAUUGUCUAUGGUUUCAACGAUUCUGACUUUGAGGUUAGUGAGAGUCUUCUCUGUUUGUACCUGGAUAAAUAUGAGGAGAUUCCCUGGGACGCCCUCAAGUACCUCAUUGCUGGUGUCAUCUAUGGUGGUCAUAUCACCGAUGACUGGGACAGGCGUCUUCUAACGACAUACAUCAAUGACUACUUCUCUGAAGCUGCCGUAAAUCAACCCUUAUUCAAGUUGUCAAGCCUACCCUCCUAUUUUAUUCCCCAUGAUGGUCCCCAGCCCACUUAUAAGGAGCAUAUCAACAUGCUUCCAUCCACAGAGCAUCCUGCGGUCUUUGGCCAGCACCCCAAUGCUGAUAUUGCGAGCCAGAUAGCUGAGACCAGGACGCUUUUUGACACGCUGCUUUCCCUGCAGCCCCAGGUCACCAGCAGCCCCAGUGCUGGUGCCAGGCCCAGCAGAGAUGAAACGGUCCUAGAGUUGUUGGCUGAUGUCCGUGGGAAAAUCCCAGCCUUGAUUGACUAUGAGGGCACCAGGAUCCUCCUCCAGCACAACCCCUCACCUCUCAAUGUCGUCCUGCUGCAAGAGAUCCAGAGAUACAAUUCUCUGCUGGAAACUGUCAUUACAUCUUUAGUGGAGCUGGAAAGGGGAAUCAAAGGAUUUGUGGUGAUGUCGUCAAGCAUGGAGGAGACCUUCAACUGCAUCUAUGAUGCCCGAGUGCCACCACUAUGGGAGAAGGCAUACCCUUCUCUGAAGCCCCUGGCAGCUUGGACCCGAGAUCUUUGCCAACGAGUCAGUCAGUUUGCAGUUUGGGCAGAGACUACCCAGCCCCCCAUCUUGUUUUGGUUGUCCGGCUUCACCUUCCCCAACGGUUUCCUCACUGCUGUGCUGCAGUCCUCUGCUCGCCAACGCAACAUAUCAGUUGACACUCUGUCCUGGGAGUUUAUUGUGUCCACUGUUGAUGACAACAACCUCCUUUCCCCGCCCAAGGACGGAGUGUUUAUCAGAGGUUUAUUCCUGGAGGGGGCUGGUUGGGACCAGAAGAACUCCUGUCUGGUGGAAGCUGAGCCCAUGCAGAUGGUCUGUUCAGUUCCCACCAUCCACUUUAGAACAGCAGAAAACCGCAAGAAGAUGUCUAAGAGUAUGUACCUGUGUCCAUGUUACUACUUCCCAGUGCGUUCUGGGAGGGCAGGACAAGCAUCUUUUGUGGUCGGUGUUGAACUCAAAUCUGGAGCUGUGACUCCUGACCACUGGAUCAAGAGAGGGACCGCUCUUCUCAUGAGCCUGGACAGCUGAGACUUAUAACAAACUGUUUUUUAUUUUUUAUUUUUUUAUUUUACGUUUAUCACAUUUAUCACAUUUUUCAUUUGACAUGUGUCUUUGAGUUCUAAAGGACACAGAACAGACUUCUGAAUUGGUGUGCUGUCAAACAGUCGUCUUCCUCUUUCUGUUUCGCUUCCAUUUUCUGGUGUGAGCUGACCUAUGGUGUCUCUGCAGACUUACAUCAGUCUUUCCGUGCUGACCCCACUCAAACAUGCACGCACACACACCUUAGUGGGGAAUAGUGUCCUACUGUGAAGCGUUGUGAAUGACAGGGCUGGAGUCUUCUUUGAAACAUCUGUGUCUGCUUUGGUCAUAUAAAUGUUAGCGUGUGAGCUCAUUUAAUUCCCAGCCUUAUGAGCUGUCACGAGUUGUCGUCAAUUUUAUGUGAACAUACCAGCACUGCCAAAGUGCUUCCUAUACGGGUCGUAGAAAAAAAGGCACUGUGUGUGCUGAUAAAAACAGAAUAAUUAAUCAGUUUUUAGAAAAUACUGACCAGAAACACAGUGCAGUAGACAUGUCCAUAUGAAAGACAUCAUUCAAAUGUUCACAGUGAGUUCAUGAAAAAAAAUCUGUGAAGCCUCGAUUUACAAACUAAAGUCUGUAGCGUGCAAACUAGGGUCUUAGGGGGGCUUUUUUUAUCUGACAGUGCCGAUACAUAAUUCAAUAUUACAUUCUUUAUUAUUAGAAAAACAAGCCAUGGUCUUAAACAGAUGAGGCACAGGCGAGUAUGCCAGUUCCAACCUUCACUUCUCUCUCUUAGGAUUUGGAACAGAGACCAAAAUAAAUGGAUUGCUUAUUAGAGCUUGAUAGAUGACUUCCUUGUUUUCAUUCUAUGACACAGAGAAAGGAGCCCUGUCAUCUGUUCAGAGCUCGUAUUGGAAGUACCU